CAAGAGAAAAAAAUGAUUGGUCAUAAAAACAGUUGAAAAAACGACCAGCCGAGAAAGAGCGAACAAAAAUGGCGGCACUACCACCCUCGUCUCUGCAACUCUCUACAUCAAACCCAAUAUUUUCACAGAACACGCGCGUAAAUUCUUCGUACAAAUUCCAGGCGCCUCCAUCGGGAAACCACUCUUUGAUUCCACGCGCCGCCACAGAAGAAGACUCGUCCUCUUCCUCUGAAACCUCUGCCGACCAAGAUGACAAAUUCGAGGACCGGCUCUCCCAGGUCCGCGUCCGCUACCGGAAUGGAACGGGAAAGAAAGCCGAGCUCCGCAAGACUCGGAAGGGUAAGAAAACCGGAUCCGGAUCCGGGUCUAGUAUAUACCUUCCUCCCGUGCCACUAAAGGAGCCGGUUUCUGAAGGGUUGAAUGUGGAAUUCGGGUUCAGCCCUUUUUCGGAGCGGGUCAAUGGACGAAUUGCCAUUCUCGGACUAUCCGCUCUGUUCUUGGUGGAGCUUGCUACAGGAAAAGGUGUUAUAAAUUAUCAUUCACCUUCUAUUGUUCUAAUUCAGGUUUAUUUUGUGGCUGCAGUUUCUGCAUUGUAUUUAAAGUAUGAGAAAGAAAAAGUUAGUGUAUGGCCUGAGAAAUGAUAUAUUUGAGGUUUGAUGGAUAGAAUUGCUCGUUAUCAUAUCUUAUUGAAGAUUAAUAAAGAUUUUGUUGUUAUAUUUGAUAAUUUUAGUGCA